UGGUGCCCUCAGAUGCUGGGGAGCAAGCGACUGGGGCUGUCCCGCCUGGCGCUUGCCCUGUCCCUGCUCGUGUGCCUGGGCGCGCUGGCCGAGGCGUACCCCUCCAAGCCCGAGAAGCCCGGGGAGAACGCGUCUGCGGAGGAGCUGGCCAGAUACUACUCUGCGCUGCGACACUACAUCAACCUCAUCACCAGGCAGAGAUAUGGGAAACGAUCCAGCCCGGAGACACUGAUUGCAGACCUCUUGCUGAGUGAAAGCACGGAAAAUGUUCCUCGAACUAGGCUGGAAGACCGCUCUAUGUGGUGAUGGGAGAGGAAACUUGUUCUCCGGGCUUUGCCUAUUUUCCAACCCCAAUUUCAUUCUGUUAAGCUAGAGUCUGCCUGUCCUCCCAUUGCAAACAGCCCCACGUGCUCCACUCUGCAGAGCUCUCCUCUGUCAUCGUUGUAUAUAUGUGCGUUUCAAUAAAGUAACAUGCAU